GGGGCGAGAGCGGGCAGGGAGCGCGCGCGCCUCCGCGCGUCACGUGACGCCACGCCACGCCCCCUCCAACGGCCGCGCGGCCACGUGACGGCGCUCCCCGCCCUUCCUCCGACCAGUUUUGGCGGAUCAAGUGGAAAGAAGCCUGUCCUUCAGCUGUCCUACUCCAAACAGGACUUGCACAAAGGCCCCCAGAGCGUUCCUGUCUUUAAUCACACACAGCUCAGAGGCGGUUAAUUGCUAGACUUCCACUGUAGAGACCAAAGAUGGAGUUAUAUCAUGAGUUCAAGGCUGGACUACCUAAGCGACGUAGGUUGCUCCAGAAGUAGUGCCUCCUACUUAUUUCCAGGGAAAAAACAACAGAAAGAUCAUGGAUUGCUACAGGAAGUAUGCAGCUGUCACUUUGACCAUUUUGUCUGUAUUUCUGCAUCUUCUUCAUACUUUCCCAGAUGGAGAAUUUCUCAUGCAGGGUUGUCCAGAGUGCAAGCUAGGGGAGAACAGAUUCUUUUCAAAACCAGGAGCCCCCAUUUACCAGUGCACUGGAUGCUGUUUCUCCCGGGCCUAUCCCACUCCCAUGAGAUCCAAGAAGACCAUGCUUGUUCCAAAAAACAUUACAUCAGAAGCAACGUGCUGCGUAGCAAAGGCUUUCACCAAGAUUACCCUUAAGGACAAUGUGAAGAUAGAGAACCACACAGACUGUCACUGCAGUACCUGCUACUAUCAUAAAUCUUAAAGCCUGUCCCUUUGUUAAUGAUCAAGGACAACGGUGAAUGGAAUAUUUGUUUUUCAGCUUUUAUAGCAACGCUGUGUAUAAUCUUGUGUUUUCUGGUCAAGACACCACGUAGACUUUUGAAUGAGAUGGAUGGCUGUUUUAUUUCCUCUCUGCUUCUUCAUGCAUUUAAGUAAGUUUAACUAUUUCCAUUAGGGAUUAGAUGCAGCACUUGCAUGACAACCAUAAUCUUGAUCUGUUUUUAAAAUAAACUGUCAGAUAAAUUGUCAA